UCCCGGUGCCUCUGGCCAUGGAGCAAGGGAGUCUGGUAAAGGAGCUAUUUUACCAAGGCAACGGGCCUCCGGGGCUCGGAGAGGCCAGGAUCCUCCUUCGAUCUGAGCAAACAAAUUCCACCUUCCAGAUCAAGGUGAUUGUGUUGAUUCUGCUGCUCUUUCCAAGCCAUUGAGUCAUGCCCGAGGAAAGAGUCAGCUGAACAGGAACGUGUACCUGUACUUCUACUGAAACUUAACGACACUGCUCCUCAAAGAAAGACGGUUAUUAUACUACUGCACAACUCUUACAAAUGCAAGGAAUGGUUGUGUCCACUGCUUCAGGCACUGAACUCAUCUUGGAGGAGUGGGAAAACUAUACCUUUCAUUUUUACACGUUCAACAAACGUUUUGCAGAAAUUGGUGGUUGCUGGUAAGCUGGUUGCUUGGUUACUUUGAGUCUGAUCAUUCAUUCACAGAAGUGGUGUUUGUUGUACCAUACCAAAGCUUUCCGGUGGCUGCAGUUUGCAGUUUGCACGCCUUCUCGACAGAAAUGCAGCACGAGCACUAGCAGCAGUGCUGCACUCCAUCACCCCAAGCUUGCAAUUUGUGCAGUCGUGUUGUCCAGCUGCGGAGUAUUAGAGUAUAUCUUCGGUUUGUAUAUUUGGUAAUUCAAAUUGUAAUCUAUCUCUACUAUCCUUAGCCCCCUAGUUUUGUAACUUAUAUAAACAGCCCUUUGAGGCCCUAAUACAUAUUCAGAAUUCAAUACUCUUCAUGGUAUCCGUCGCCUAGGUUAUCCCUUCCUCAUGGCCUCUCCGCCGGCCCCUCCACCUCUCCCGGCGCGGCCUCUCUUUACCGCGGCCGAGUUCAACGCCGCCAGAUCGCCUUCUGCCUCCUCUUCCUCCUCCAACCCUAGUUCCCUUACCCAUCACCAAUAUGCCAUUCCGCCACCAACAAUCUCUCUAGCAGAUACAAUUGCCGAUGUUGUGCCGUUCAUACCCAUCUCGCUUGAUCUGGCUGCCCACAAUUACUACCAUUGGCGCCAUCUCUUCCACAUCCACCUUGGCCGCUGCGGUCUACGCCACCAUAUUCAUCCAUCCUCUGUCCCGCAGCCUGCCAAUCCUCGUUGGGUGAAGGACGAUCUUACGAUCAUCCAAUGGAUUUAUACUCGGAUCUCCACCGAGCUUUUCAAUCUUGUCUCCAACGACGACGCCACCGCAGCCGAUCUUUGGGCCGCCCUCCAACAACUGUUUCAAGACAACUCCGACGCCCGCAUCAACGCUCUUCACACCGAGCUCCGCACCAUCACCCAAGGAGACUCCCCGGUCACCGUCUUCUGCCAGCGGAUCAAGUCGAUCGGUGAUGAACUCCGGCAACUUGGCGAUCACGUCGACGACCGCGUUCUUAUAAACGCUCUUCUCGUUGGUCUUGGCGAGCAAUUCGAGAAACAGGUGGCCUUCAUCCCCAUGUUGCGGCCCUACCCGUCCUUCGGCGAGGUGCGCUCUCUCCUUCAGCUCGAGGCUCAGAAUCAAGCUCGCAAGGCCACUCGUCUGCAAGUGUUUCACGCCAGCACCAAGUCUUCGGCGCCAGCUCCAUCCACUCCGUCGGCGGCCCCUGUCCAGCCACCUCCAGGCUGGCGCCCGAGCCCUAACUACCGCGGGAAGAAUCCCGUCUACCGGCCGCCCCAGCCUCGCUCGGCCAGCUCCUCGGCAUCAUCAUCGUCUACACCGUCCUCUACUCCAACGGCAUCUACUCCAACGGCAUGGCACCAGCAGCAAGAUCCCUGGACCGGGCUGGUUCAGGCGUGGCCCAUGCCUUGGUCUGCUCCGUCUCCUUACGACGCUCCUCCAGCAUACACGGGCGCCUGGAGCCCGGGCCAUCGUCCUGCCACCGGCUCACCUGGUCUCCUCGGACCCCGAUCGCCGGCUCACGUCUACACCGCCACUACUACACCGACCACGUCCGGCGCCCCCAUGAUUCCGCCCGGCUACGCCCUGGUUCCCUAUGCGCCUGGUGCUCCUUCGGCUCCGUCACCGUACGCAUAUGGGCAGCAUGCACCAAUGAACAUGCCUGCUCCCUCUCCUACGACAACAUCGCCAAGCUGGGAUCAGGCUGCUUUUAUCGCCGCCAUGAACAAUUUCACCCUCAACAACGAAGGAUCUGACAACGGGGGAGGUUCUAGCUCGGUACAAUAGCACCGGUGAUCUUUAUCCACUUCAUGGCGCCCCCACUUCCACUCCUCGCGCCAUGCUUGCAUCAGUUCAUCUAUGGCAUCGUCGGCUUGGCCAUCCUAAUAAAGCUACACUGUCAUCAUUGUUACAGGAAUUUAGUAUCCCUAGUUCUAGUGUCCCUCAUGAUUCCUCUCUUUGUAAUGCCUGUCAAUGUGGCAAACAUGUUAGAUUACCUUUUGGUACAUCCUCUACUAUUAGUACUUUUCCUUUUGAAUUGCUACAUUGUGAUCUAUGGACAUCUCCAAUUCCUAGUGUUUCUGGUUACAAAUACUAUCUUGUAAUUCUUGAUGAUUAUUCCCAUUAUAUUUGGACC